CCAGGAUGUGUGACCGUAACGGUGGGCGCCGGCUCCGGCAGUGGUUGAUUGAGCAGAUCGACAGUGAGCUGUACCCUGGGCUAAUCUGGGAGAAUGAGGAGAAAACCAUGUUUCGCAUCCCGUGGAAACACGCCGGGAAGCAGGACUACAACCAGGAGGUGGAUGCUUCUAUUUUCAAGGCCUGGGCUGUUUUCAAAGGCAAGUUCAAAGAAGGUGACAAAGCGGAGCCGGCCACGUGGAAGACGCGACUGCGCUGCGCUUUGAACAAGAGCCCUGACUUUGAGGAGGUAACGGACAGGUCCCAGCUGGACAUCUCUGAGCCCUACAAGGUCUACAGGAUCGUCCCGGAGGAGGAACAGAAAUGCAAAGCAGGCAUUGCCAACGGGAGCAGCCUGAAUGAUGUCUCGGAGAUGGACUGCAGUUCCUCUGCAAUUGAUGACCUCAUUAAAGAGCCCCCCUGCGUAGAUGAAUACCUGGGGAUCAUCAAGAGAAGCCCCUCACCUGCCCAGGAGACCUGCAGAAACCCCCCCAUACCUGACUGGUGGGUGCAGCAGCCCAGCCCUGCGUUGCCCCUGAUGAACGGAUACUCUGGCUAUGAGCAGCAUCAUUCAGGUUACUCCCAGAUGGUGAUCAGCUUCUACUACGGUGGGAGGCUGGUGGGCCACAUCACCACCUCGUGCACCGAGGGCUGCCGGAUCUCGCUCAGCCAACCCUCCAGCCAUGGUGAGAAGAUGUACUCCCCAGAUGCCCUGGAGCACGUGCGGUUCCCCUCGGCCGAUGCCAUCCAGAAUGACCGUCAAAAGCAGAUCACCAGGAAGCUUUUUGGGCAUCUGGAGAGGGGGGUCCUGCUGCACAGCAACAAGCAGGGCAUCUUCAUCAAGAGGCUGUGCCAGGGCAGGGUCUUCUGGAGUGGGAACACCAUGAUCUACAAGGACAGGCCCAACAAACUAGACCGGGAUGAGGUGGUGAAGAUAUUUGACACCAACUUAUUCUUCAGAGAGCUGCAGCAGUAUUACAACAACCAGGGCCGCUUCCCAGACAGCAGGGUCAUGCUGUGCUUCGGAGAGGAGUUCCCGGAUGCGGUGCCGCUGCGGUGUAAGCUCAUCCUUGUCCAGGUGGAGCAGCUGUGUGUCAGGCAGGUGGUGGAGGAGGCUGGGAAGACCUGCAGCAACAGCAGCCCCAUGCUCCCCAUAGCUGAUGAGACACAGCAUGACCAGGUGUACAGGAUCUUCCAGGACAUCUGUGCGACGCACCAGCGGCCACUCUUUAGAGAAAACCAACAGAUUGCUGUCUGAGCCUCCUUCUCUGCAGACAUAGCGUGGUGGUUUGGGUUGAUCGUGACCCAGUUUGGUCCCAUUAGUUCCUAAAUUCCCCUUUUGGAAAGCUGGUUUUUGUUCUUUGCUGUUUCCAGUCCAGAAUGUGUAUAAAUACAGCAGAAAAAGAGAAAG